AGGCCUCGGCCGGGUCCUGGGGGCGGCGGAAGCGAGGUGCGGCGAGAGACCUCACCCCCGCAUGGGGCUACAGGGCCGCAGCGUGGCGGUCGCGACCCUGCCCCGUCCCGUCUGUCCCUUGCGCACGACCGGGUCGCGGAGGUGUGUGUCGCCCGGUCUGCCCGCGCAGGGGGCGGGGUCCCGGCAACAGGUGUCACCGCCCGGGUCCCCAGGGAGUUUUCUGAGUCGAGGGGGAAGUGCAAGUCUCCCCACGUGGCCCGGUGCGGGGGACUCGCCCCCGGUGGGAAACGCCGCUUGUCGGCCCCCGCUUUCCUAGGAACCGAGCUGGACCCCUGCGGUCCCGUAGGUCGGGGUCACGUGAGGGGUCGCCGCGGGGGCCCGCCUCCUGGGGAGGCCGGGGUGCAGAGGAAGCCGAGCCGACGGCACGCGGCGAGGGAAGGAGUGAAAACAAGAGCUGUUUGUCGCUUCCGAGGAACCAUCUCCGACUCUCAGAGUUUCAGAUGUGCGCCUGGUGACUCUUCUCUCCAGAUGCUCAGGCACCUCUGCCCUCCGCACAGGCCGGUACUGAGCUGCAGUUGGAGCAGACUGUGCCUUCUGAAGCGGUGCUUCUUUACGAUGAAGUUACAGUCCCCAGAAUUCCAGUCCCUUUUCACAGAAGGAUUGAAGAGUCUGACAGAGCUGUUCGUCAGGGAGAGCCACGAGCUGAGAAUAGCGGGCGGCGCCGUCAGGGACCUGCUGAGCGGCGUCAAGCCGCAGGACGUGGACUUCGCCACCACCGCCACCCCCGCCCAGAUGAAGGCCAUGUUCCAGGCGGCCGGCGUCCGCAUGAUCAACAACAAAGGGGAGAAGCAUGGGACCAUCACCGCCCGGCUUCACGAAGAAAACUUCGAAAUCACGACGCUGCGGAUCGACGUGGUCACCGACGGGAGACACGCCGAGGUCGAGUUCACCACCGACUGGCAGAAGGACGCCGAGCGCAGGGACCUCACCGUGAACUCCAUGUUCCUAGGUUUUGACGGUACCUUAUUCGAUUACUUUAACGGCUACGCAGAUUUAAAAAAUAAAAAAGUGAGAUUUGUUGGCCAGGCUAAACAGAGAAUACAAGAAGAUUAUCUGCGAAUUUUAAGGUAUUUCAGGUUUUAUGGCAGAAUUGUAGACAAGCCCGGUGAGCACGACCCCGAGACACUGGAAGCCAUCGCAGAGAACGCUAAAGGCUUGGGUGGCAUAUCGGGAGAGAGGAUCUGGGUGGAACUGAAGAAAAUCCUUACUGGUAACCAUGUGAAUCAUUUGAUUCACCUCGUCUACGAUCUUGACGUGGCUCCUUACAUAGGCUUACCCGCUAAGGCGUGUCUGGAGGAGUUCGACAGGGUCUGUGGAUACGUCGAGGGUUUCUCACCGAAGCCGAUGACCCUGCUGGCCUCCCUGUUCAAGGGACAGGAUGAUGUCACAAAGCUGGAUUUGAGGUUGAAGAUUUCUAAAGAGGAGAAGAAUCUUGGCUUGUUUCUGGUUAAAAACAGGAGAGACCUCACGAAAGCGGCGGACAGCUCGGAGCCACUGAGACCGUAUCAGGACUUCGUCAUUGAUUCUAGGGAGCCCGACGUCGUGGCCCGCGUGUGCGAGCUGCUGAAGUACCAAGGCGAGCACCGUCUGCUGCAGGAGAUGCAGCGGUGGUCGGUUCCCCCCUUUCCCGUCAGCGGCCACGACAUCAGGAAGGUGGGCGUUUCUUCGGGAAAGGAGAUCGGAGCUCUGCUGCAGCAGUUGCGUGAGCAGUGGAAGAAGAGUGGUUACCGGAUGGAGAAGGAGGAGCUCUUGAGUCACAUAAGGAAGACGGAAGACCGAUGAGGGAGCCGGCUGCCGGGAUGCGGUCCCUAGAACCGGUUUGUAUCUCGUUUCCCUCCAGAAAAGGUGACGACUGCUUUCGAGCCAAUUAAAUGGGCUGUGCUGACAAAAACUGUAUUUCAGGCACUGAUAGGAAGUGUAUGUCCUCUCGAUUAGAUUUGUAUCAGUGUGUCUUCGAAUUUUUUUGCAAGUAAGGUUGACUUGUGUUCAGAAAAUAAAAAUCUUGUUUCUUUGUUGGA